AAAAAUAAUCUGUGCGGGGCGGCCAUCUUGCCUGCGCUCGCAGAGGCAGGGAGAGACUGGAAGUGAGGACGGAGGAGAACCGCAGCGGGAAGAAACAAACCGCCGAUGUUUAUUUUUAUUCAGGGCGGAUCGUUUACACGACUGGUUCACCGCCAACCCGCAGAGAAUCUGCGUGGUCGUGCCUGCGGUUUGUUGUUUUCCUCCUCGGGAUCCGGUGAGGAAACCCUCUCCCGUUAAACCAGCUAGCUGCGGGGCUAAGCUAACGGCUAGCCAGGCCAGCUAGCUGUUCGAUGACCGAGCUGUGGUCGUCAGCAGCGGAUUGAAGACUGCAGCUCCGUUCGGUAACACUGUGUCUGGUCGUGGAGGGCUGUUUUCUAGAUGCGGACUCUGAUCCCGGAUCACACCACCGACACUACGUCCUGAGCAGCGUCGUGUUUAUUUGACACCAAACACCUUAUGGACAGCUCGGGUUUAGCGUUCCUUCGGUGUGACGGUCAGCUUGGAGAUUCCGUAAAUUAAAGCAGGAUUUUGGAGCGACUUUACCACCGACUAGCAACGGCCGGAGCUCCGCUCAAUCCCGCUCUUGAAAUACACUAAAUCAGUGCAGAUCGAUGAAAAUGUCCUGUCUGCUGCCGGAGAAAAAGGCUGUUUUUCUGCUCCAGUUUACACCCAGUUCGACUGUAGGCUACCAAGUGUAUAACUGUCAAUGACAUUACCUGUAAUCACACAGUGAACCGGCCGCUCAGCUGUAUUUGAUCCCGAUGAAGGGACCUGGAAGUUGGAUGAUAUUACACGGUUUGUCGGUGCCUCCUCUUUAAUCGGGCCUGACCUCAAAUAAACGGGUUAUAACUGCAGCUCAGUGCUCAACAUUUACCUCAUUUCAUCCUGGCUAAAUGUGUUAUAUUUGAUCACCUUAAACCAGGUCUAGUUUAAAGGGACGUUCAUUCCGGUUGAUUUCUCUUUGGAUUAUAACUACAAUAACGGAUUCUGUCUUUGGAUCCACGAUGGGAUCAGCGACCAAACUGGCCUUCAGUGUUUUCCUCAUCUCCUGCUCUUCAGGUGCCAUCCUGGGUCGCUCAGAGACUCAGAAGUGCGUCCACUACAACUACAGCCCUUCAUCCUCGUCCUCCUCCUCAGCGUCUGAGGGGCGGGGGAACGUCAGCGGGGUGGUCACCUGCUCUGGGGAGAAAGAUAAGAGGGUGCACUGCUUCGCCACGUGGAAGAAUGUCUCAGGAGCCGUCCAGGUGGUCAAACAGGGCUGCUGGCUGGACGACGUCAACUGCUACGAUAGGAAUGAGUGUAUGGAGAAGAAAGAUGCUCCUGAAGUCUUCUUCUGCUGCUGUGAAGGUGCUUUGUGUAACGACAAGUUCUUCUACAGCCCCGAAGGCUACCUGUCACCGAUACCCACGACGAACAAACCCGUGACGUCUCCGCCUCCGGUGCUGACCACUCUGAUGUACUCCCUGGUUCCCAUCAUGGCUGUCACCGCCAUAGUCCUGUUCUCCUUCUGGAUGUACCGUCACCACAAACUGGCCUACCCACCUGUGCUGGUGCCCACACAGCACGCCUUUCACAUUAUGAUCGAGGACCCUGGGCCCCUCCCCCCCUCCCCCAUCCUGGGCCAGAAGCCGCUGCAGCUGCUAGAGAUCAAAGCCAGGGGGCGCUUCGGCUGCGUGUGGAAGGCUCAGCUGCUCAGUGAAUAUGUGGCUGUCAAGAUCUUCCCCAUACAGGACAAGCAGUCGUGGCAGAAUGAGUUUGAGAUCUACAACCUGAACGGGAUGAGACACGAGAACCUGCUGCAGUUCAUUGGAGCCGAGAAGAGAGGAAGUAAUGUGGAUAUGGAGCUAUGGCUCAUCACCGCCUUCCACGACAAGGGUUCUCUAACAGAUUACCUGAAGGCCAACGUUCUCUCCUGGUCUGAACUCUGUCUCAUCGCUCAGUCCAUGUCCCGGGGUCUUGCCUACCUGCACGAAGACAUACCUGGACACAAGGAUGGACACAAGCCUGCCAUUGCACACAGGGACUUUAAGAGUAAGAACGUUCUGCUGAAGUCCAACCUGACCGCCUGCAUCGCUGACUUUGGCCUCGCUCUCAGGUUUGAGGCGGGAAAAUCUCCAGGAGACACCCAUGGACAGGUGGGGACCAGGAGGUACAUGGCUCCGGAGGUCCUGGAGGGAGCCAUCAACUUCCAGAGAGAUGCCUUCCUGAGGAUCGACAUGUACGCUCUGGGUCUGGUGCUGUGGGAGCUCGCCUCACGCUGCAAAGCUGCUGACGGUCCAGUGGAUGAGUACAUGCUGCCAUUUGAGGAGGAGGUGGGUCAGCAUCCGUCUCUGGAGGACAUGCAGGAGGUGGUGGUCCACAAGAAGCUGAGACCGCUGCUCAGAGAGUGCUGGCAGAAACACGCUGGUCUGGCCUUGCUCUGUGAGACCAUAGAGGAGUGCUGGGACCACGAGGCCGAAGCUCGGCUGUCGGCCGGCUGCGUGGAGGAGCGGGUCGUGCAGAUGCAGCGACAGACGAGUGUCACGGCGCCAGAGGAGAUUGUAACGGUUGUCACCAUGGUAACUAACGUGGACUACCCUCCUAAAGAGUCGAGUCUAUGACGAGGCUCAGGACCAAUCAGGACGGAGCAGGGACUCCCUCAGUGAACACCGUCUCUGAUGGCGGACGUAGCCGGUCAGGUGACCUGCUGGCGGUCAGAUGACCUCUGACUGCAGGUGAGUCUUGGACUGAUAAGGACAACAUGGUGGAGAGUUUCUCUCUCUCUGGUCAGUUCCUGUUUUUUACUGCAAAAUAAAAGACUUUUUCUACGAUAAUGUGAGGAUAAUUUCAGAAUAAAAGGGCGACUUGAGUUUUUAUUCACAUGCUGUUUGUUUCUCCGACGUGAUGCCAAUAAGAAACAGCUUCUGAAUGUCUGUGUCACUGCUGUGUACAUAUACAGAUUAUUAUUAUUAUAUACAUAUAUACAGAGAGUCUAAUAAUCAGGUUAUUGAUCACACAUCAAACAUACAGGAAGUUCCUUUUCUUUCUCUGAUGUCUGGUUCUUUAACAUCGGAGGAGAAACUGAGUCAACUUGAACACUGAUACAGACGAUCAACAGUCACUACAGAGACACUGAGCUCCUAUCAGAAUCAAUAAUCAAUAAUCAUCCAUAUAUUCACCCUGACAAUCCAAACAUGAUGUUAGUUUACGGUCUGUUCAGUCGUCCAGUUUCUCCUCAUCAGAACCAAUCGGGCUGCUGAUCAAUACACUGAUAACUGAUCAGCUGUUGAGGAGAGAACCCCCUGAGACAGUGAAACACUUCCUGUUUAGUUUGCAGUGAAUAUUGACAGCAUGCCUUUAUUUGUGUUUGACAGUUUUAUUUUGAAAUCUAGUUUUCUCCUCUUCCUUCCUGUCUGUGGUUCAUUCAGAUUCUGUGGAGCCUCGAAACUAACGAGGUUUGAUUAAAGUUAUUGACCAGAAUAUUAUUUAUUUAUAUAGAAGAAUGAACAUUAAAGGAAACAUGGGACUGGUCUGAGACCUGGACUUCAGAGGGGACUGCUCUCAGACCAGUCCAGGUCUCAGUCCAGGUCUUAGACAUGGACCUGAUUUAUAAAGAAAGUGAAGAUGUGUCACUGAAAUCAGAUAAAUGUUAUUAUCACUAAUUAUUGAACUAAUUAACUUAUUGAUGAAUAGUUCUUCCUCGCGUUGAGGCUUCAAAUGUUUGGUGGAUUUUUAAUCCAGAUCCAGAAUCUGUGGGUUCUGAGACGAUCCACCAACAGGGAGGCGUUCAGGGCCCUUUAGGAACUCUGAGCUCUGUGGUUCAGAUGGACUGUGUUGACAUAGACAGAGAUCAGCUGUCUCCUAAUCUAAUACCUGACCCCAGACAGGAACACACCCCCCCCCCCCCCCCCCCCCCCCCAGUUUGUACAUAUGAAUGUUGUUUCAGAUGUGAUUUUAGCAUGAGUUUGUUUUUUAUGGACAAGAAACAAAAACAGAAAAAGUUCUUUAUAAUGUUGAAAAGAAACACGUUUUAUAUGAUGGUGAUGAUGAUGAUGAUGAUGAUGAUGAUGUACGAAUGAAAAACAAUCUGGUUCAUUAAUAUAUGUUGAAGCUCCGAACAAUAACUUUCUGGGCAGAAGGUGUGUGUGUGUGUGUGUGUGUGUGUGUGUGUGUGUGUGUGUGUGUGUGUGUGUGUGUGUGUGUGUGUGUGUGUGUGUGUGUGUGUGUGUGUGUGUGUGUGUUGGUGGGGGGGGGGUGUCCGUCAUUGAUCAGUCAUUGUUCAGUCAUUGAUCAGUCAUCGAUCAGUUACUGAGACAGACAAAAAACUUUGACUAAUUAUUUAAUUAUCAGAAUAAUUUCAGAUGAAUUUUCUGAUAACUGGUUAAUUGAUUAAUGGAUUAACUGUUGCAGCUGUCAUUUUUAUGCACAGUUAUUAAGCCUAGGUUGUGUCAGUAAUAGCUGCAGCAAUUAGUCGAUCAAUUGAUCAACAGAUUAUUGCUCAUUAUCCUGAUAAUUGAUCUGAUGAUUUGCUACUUUUUCUCCUCAAUAUUAAACAGAGUUUUCAGGUCCAGAAUAAUAGAAGAUUGAUGAGCUGAUUGAUAGAUUGAUGAUAAUAAUCGGUGUGUGUGGUGACAGCUGUCUGUGUGACAUCACUGGUGUUCUCAUUGUUUUUCUCCAGAUUCAUGAAGCAGUAUCAGAACUCUGUGGUUCCUCAGUGGAGAACAGAGAACACUGAUGAGAUGUUCCAUCAAACCUAUUGAUUAUUAGAGUUAAUCAAUGAUCAGUUGUAGAGUGUGAACAUGUGUAAAAUCAUUACAGGUCAGUCUGUCCAACAGCAGAAACACAGUAAAGACCAGUGGAAGCAGUGAUGGUUGCCACAGUGACACUGAGGCGUUUGUUAGAUGUUGAGGAAGACUAUCUGCUCUUCAUCACCUUUUAUAUUCAAUGUGACAAUGUUUUAUCCCCCCCCCCCCCCCCCCCCCCCCAUGUGUGAGAGCAUCUGUCU